CGCGGAUCCAAGAUGGCGGCGUGUGGACGUGUACGGAGAAUGUUCCGCUUGUCGGCGGCGCUGCAGCUGCUGUUGUUGGCCGCGGCCGGGGCCGAGAAACAACCAGGCCAGGGCGGCCAAAACCAGGGCCAGGGCCUGGGGCCCAACCUUCCGCCCUUCGUAGGGCCGCCUGGAGGUGGCGGGCCGGCGGGUCAGCAGCUGCCCCAGCUGCCUCUAUCAUCUCAGCUCCAGCACCAGCAGCACCAGCAGCAGCAACCGCCUCAGCCACCGCAGCAGCCUUUCCCGGCGGGUGGGCCUUCGGUCCGGCGGGGCGGAGCGGGGCCCGGUGGGCCUGGCGGGGGCUGGAAGCUGGCGGAGGAGGAGUCCUGCAGGGAGGACGUGACCCGUGUGUGCCCCAAGCACACCUGGAGCAACAACCUGGCGGUGCUCGAGUGCCUGCAGGACGUGAGGGAGCCUGAAAAUGAAAUUUCUUCAGACUGCAAUCAUUUGUUGUGGAAUUACAAAUUGAACCUAACUACAGACCCCAAAUUUGAAUCUGUAGCCAGAGAGGUUUGCAAAUCUACCAUAUCAGAGAUUAAAGAAUGUGCUGAUGAACCAGUUGGAAAAGGUUACUUGGUUUCCUGCUUGGUGGAUCACCGAGGCAACAUCACUGAGUAUCAAUGUCACCAAUACAUUACCAAGAUGACUGCAAUCAUUUUCAGUGAUUACCGUCUAAUCUGUGGCUUUAUGGAUGACUGCAAAAAUGACAUCAACAGUCUGAAAUGUGGCAGUAUUCGGCUUGGAGAAAAGGAUGCACAUUCCCAAGGUGAGGUGGUAUCAUGCCUGGAGAAAGGCUUGGUGAAGGAAGCAGAAGAAAGAGAUCCCAAGAUUCAAGUCUCCGAACUCUGCAAGAAAGCCAUUCUCCGAGUGGCUGAGCUGUCCUCAGACGACUUUCAUUUGGACAGGCAUUUGUAUUUUGCUUGCCGAGAUGAUCGAGAGCGCUUUUGUGAAAAUACACAAGCUGGUGAAGGCAGAGUGUAUAAAUGUCUCUUUAACCACAAAUUUGAAGAAUCCAUGAGUGAAAAGUGUCGAGAAGCCUUAACAACCCGCCAAAAGCUCAUUGCUCAGGAUUAUAAAGUCAGUUAUUCAUUGGCCAAAUCUUGUAAGAGUGACUUGAAGAAAUACCGGUGCAAUGUGGAAAACCUCCCUCGGUCCCGGGAAGCCAGGCUCUCCUACCUUCUAAUGUGUCUGGAGUCUGCUGUGCACAGAGGGCGACAAGUGAGCAGUGAGUGCCAGGGAGAGAUGUUAGAUUACCGGCGCAUGCUGAUGGAAGACUUUUCUCUGAGCCCUGAGAUCAUCCUGAGCUGUCGGGGGGAGAUUGAACACCACUGUUCUGGAUUGCAUCGAAAAGGGCGAACCCUGCAUUGUCUGAUGAAAGUAGUUCGGGGAGAGAAGGGGAACCUUGGAAUGAAUUGCCAGCAGGCGCUUCAAACACUGAUUCAGGAGACUGACCCUGGUGCAGAUUACCGCAUUGAUAGAGCUUUGAAUGAAGCUUGUGAAUCUGUAAUACAGACAGCCUGCAAACACAUAAGAUCUGGAGACCCAAUGAUCCUCUCGUGCCUGAUGGAACAUUUAUAUACAGAGAAAAUGGUGGAAGACUGUGAGCACCGUCUACUAGAGCUACAAUAUUUCAUCUCCCGAGAUUGGAAGCUGGACCCUGUCUUAUACCGCAAGUGCCAGGGAGAUGCUUCUCGUCUUUGCCAUACCCAUGGUUGGAAUGAGACCAGUGAAGUUCUGCCUCCUGGAGCUGUUUUCUCUUGCUUGUAUAGACAUGCCUACCGCACUGAAGAACAGGGAAGGAGGCUGUCACGGGAGUGCCGAGCUGAAGUCCAGAGGAUCCUACACCAACGUGCCAUAGAUGUUAAGUUGGAUCCUGCUCUACAGGAUAAGUGCCUGAUAGAUCUUGGGAAAUGGUGUAGUGAAAAAACAGAGACCGGACAGGAGCUUGAGUGCCUCCAGGAUCAUCUUGAUGACUUGGCAGUGGAGUGCAGAGAUAUAGUCGGCAACCUCACUGAGUUAGAAUCAGAGGAUAUUCAAAUAGAAGCUUUGCUGAUGAGAGCCUGCGAGCCUAUAAUUCAGAACUUUUGUCACGAUGUGGCAGAUAACCAGAUAGACUCUGGAGACCUCAUGGAGUGUCUGAUACAGAACAAACACCAAAAGGACAUGAAUGAGAAGUGCGCCAUUGGAGUCACCCACUUCCAGCUGGUUCAGAUGAAGGAUUUUCGGUUCUCUUACAAGUUUAAGAUGGCCUGCAAGGAGGAUGUGUUGAAACUGUGCCCCAACAUAAAGAAGAAGGUGGACGUGGUGAUCUGCCUGAGCACCACUGUGCGCAAUGACACCCUCCAGGAAGCCAAGGAGCACAGGGUGUCCCUGAAGUGCCGCAGGCAGCUCCGGGUGGAGGAGCUGGAGAUGACAGAGGACAUCCGUCUGGAACCAGAUCUGUAUGAAUCCUGCAAGAGUGACAUAAAGAGCUACUGUUCCACUGUGCAGUAUGGCAAUGCACAGAUUAUUGAAUGUCUGAAAGAAAAUAAGAAGCAGCUAAGUACCCGUUGCCACCAGAAAGUAUUUAAGCUGCAGGAGACUGAGAUGAUGGACCCAGAACUAGACUAUACACUGAUGAGAGUCUGCAAGCAGAUGAUAAAGAGAUUCUGUCCAGAAGCAGAUUCUAAAACAAUGUUGCAGUGCUUGAAGCAAAAUAAAAACAGUGAACUGAUGGAUCCCAAAUGCAAACAGAUGAUUACCAAGCGCCAGAUCACCCAGAGCACAGAUUACCGCUUAAACCCUGUGCUAAGGAAGGCCUGUAAAGCUGACAUUCCUAAAUUCUGUCAUGGAAUCUUAACUAAGGCCAAGGACGACUCGGAGCUAGAAGGCCAGGUCAUCUCUUGCCUCAAGCUGAGAUAUGCUGACCAGCGCUUGUCUUCCGACUGUGAAGACCAGAUCCAGAUUAUUAUCCAGGAGUCUGCUCUGGAUUACCGACUAGAUCCUCAACUCCAGCUGCAUUGCUCAGAUGAGAUCUCCAGUCUAUGUGCUGAAGAAGCAGCAGCCCAAGAACAGACAGGUCAAGUAGAGGAGUGCCUCAAAGUUAACCUGCUCAAAAUCAGAACUGAAAUGUGUAAAAAGGAAGUGUUAAACAUGCUGAAGGAAAGCAAAGCAGACAUCUUCGUGGACCCGGUUCUUCAUACAGCUUGUGCUCUGGACAUUAAACACCACUGUGCAGCCAUUACCCCUGGCCGCGGGCGUCAAAUGUCCUGCCUUAUGGAAGCCCUAGAGGAUAAACGGGUGAGGUUACAACCUGAGUGCAAAAAACGCCUGAAUGACCGGAUUGAAAUGUGGAGUUAUGCAGCAAAGGUGGCCCCAGCAGAUGGCUUCUCUGAUCUCGCCAUGCAAGUGAUGACAUCCCCAUCAAAGAACUACAUUCUCUCCGUGAUCAGUGGGAGCAUCUGUAUAUUAUUCCUGAUUGGCCUGAUGUGUGGACGUAUCACCAAGCGUGUGACACGAGAGCUCAAAGACAGGUAGAGCCACCUUGACCACCAAAGGAACUACCUGUCCAGUGCCCAGUAUGUACAGCCCUCCUGUAUAGCAUACUCACUCACCUCACUCUUCUAAGAGGUGACACCAACACCCAUAUUAGAGCAGCAGCAGGUAUCCACUACAUUGUCCCAUCUCAGACUUUGCCCAUGUCCAUGGUCUCCUCCUCCUCGUCAGCCAUUUGUGCAACAUCAGCAGCUGGCCGCUUUGGUUACUGCCUUUGUUGGCAAACUUCGGUUUAUCUGCCUGUAGACAAGUCUCUCUCAUACCAGUGGAGCUACCAGUACUUCCAGAACCAACUCACCUGACCUGCAACUCAAAUAAUUUUUAAAACACACACACACACACACACACACAUACACACACACACAAAAAGAAGAAGAAGAAGGAAGAAAUUUUUAAAGAAAGAAAAAAAUGUAUAUAGUAACACAUUUUCUUCAGGCUUGACGUGGGCAAUGGGGUUAUUUCUUCUGUGCGACGGUGUAAAAUGAAGGCAGGACUUGAGAGGGGAAGCAUGCCACCCAAUGUGCUGUAACUGAUUUGUUGCUUAUUUCUCAAAAGCACCUUUGGCCCAGGUCAGGGCCAUGGACACCACCAAGUAGUGGGAAACAGCUAACCAGCCUGCUUUGGGUCCUGUUUUCUUCUGUUGAAAUAGUGAUGCCUUCCAGUUACCAUUCUGAAAGAGCCACUGCUGGUCAAGACCCCAAAGCUGUGGGUAUUUCUACGAUCUCCUCACUCCAGUGAAAUCAAGGAUGAUCCUCCCUUGGUCAAGGGCCAAUGGGCUGGGGAGGGAAUCAAGAGUUUAUGAAACUGGUCAGUUCUUUGACCUGCACUGAAAGGCUGGAUGCUGAGUCCCCAGGGAGCCCCAGGAUCCAGUAAUCUUCCUCCCCCAGGGUAGUGCAGGACUUCAGCCACAUUUGGAUUGAGUCCAUUGAGGUCACAGCUCAUCCAGAAGUCCUCUGCUUCACCAGGAGACGUUGGCUGGAAGGAAGGGUUCCUUUAGUACAUGGGUGGUAGGAGGAGCAGGACAGGAAGGAGGAAUAAGUGGUUCCCUUUGCUUAAUUUUUCAAGCUAAAAUAGAGGUCAGAGGCAGUGGCUUAUCAAGAUUUAGAAUGGUCUCGGUACAACUGGUGGUCCAACCUGACCUUUCUGCAGGCUCAAGGAAAGCUCCCCAGACAAGCUCCUUUAUGCCUCUACCGGUGGAGAGGGUGUGGAAAGUUAUUACAUUUAAGAUGGAGGAUUUUCCCCAUUUUUUUCUUUCUAUUCAUUUGCUGUGUACAUCCACUCCAGCAGGCAUUGGCUAGAUGUUAAAUUUUGGUGAUUAAUCAACCUUUGCAGAAUCUGAGCUUUGUAGAAGCAAUUCUCCUGGCCCUUCCCCCUGUUCCCCCAGCAGGAAUAUGCAGGUUUGGGGUGUACAGAGGGGAGGAGUCCAGGCAUCACAGCUCAAUCCUGACACACCUUUGGUUCCAUUUGGGGCAUGAAGUCACAGUGGCUGCACGAGAGGGCAGCAUGUACAGUAGGAGAUAUAUUUAUAUAAUAUAUAUUUUAUUAACCUGUUAGAUGUCCACAAAGUAUUAUAAAUCAUGUGCCUAAAACUGUCCACAUAGACCAAGACCCGUUCAUGGUGCCCUUCCUUCCCCUGCCUCUCCUUUGCCACUGUUCGCGUUGGCAGUGGUGCCUAACCAACACCUGUCUUCCCUGACAUGUGUUCACAUACAAGGUGGGGUGUGUCAGUGGGUGGAUCAGCUGAUCCAAAUUACUCCUUGUCUAACCUGACUGACAUAUAUUUGAAAACUGUGGUUUUCUUCUUUUUCUUUCUUUUUUGCUACUCUUCUUAGAGACAGUGGGUUCCAGAAGCCAGCUGUAUCUGUCUCCCCACCCCACACACACACCGCCUGGGGUAAUGUAAGUCACCAAAGGAAGCUGCCAAGCUGCUUGGUCCCCUUAGUCCUGCCCUUAGGGUCUUCUUGGUUCCCAGUAACUGUCCUGAGUGAACCCACUGGAGUGAGCCCAGACCUUUGAUAUGGCUCCAUUUUCAGCACAUUUUACCAGGAUUUUUCAAUCUCAUAAAACUUGAAACUCUUCAGUGCUGGACUGAAAUGAGCGGGACCAGAGUGUCCAUCUGGAUGGUAGGGGCGGCUGAGGCGGGAAUCGAGAACCAGGAAUGUCGUCGGAAGGCAGUUCCCCGACAUGUCUGGCGUGGUUUACAGGGUGGGGGUAGUGCUCACCAUUCAACGGGGCGGGGCCGUUCUGCAGCUCUGCAGCCUCCCCCCAGUAUAUGGGGAGCAUUCCUGUAGCUCUAAUGUAUGUCAGUAUUUCUAUUCUUUCUGAACUGAGAGGAGAUCCCCUUAGUCGUCUGCAGGAGAUUUGGAAAUUUGAAAAGGAGUUUCAUUCUUGGAAUGUUUGUCAUCUUUAGAAAUGAUUGGAAUAGAAGAGAUUAAAAAGAAGGGGUGACUCUGCUGGUAUCUUCAGUUGCUUAUUGCAAGAAAGUAUUUCCCAUCCUAUUAGGAAUACUUUCAUUUGACUGCUUCUUAAAAGUCCCCAGGCAAUGUACUGAGCAAGUUUUUUAUCAGAACCAGCAGCCCAACCCUUAUCCAUUCUAUACCUUUUUUGGCAUAACAAAAUAGUUCUGAGGCCCCUGUGGUUACUGGCUUCAAAGGUUAAUAGUAGGUAAAAUCAGCUAGUGAGAAGCAGUCAAGAAAAAGAGACCAGGACCCUAGUGUAGAUGCUGAUCAUGGAGUUUGGCCUCAGUUCUCCUGUUGUCUGUCCAGCCCAUGGAAAGAAUAUAAAUAGUGGUGGAGUUUAUGCCAAGGCCGAGUGAUUGCCCCAGGUGUCAGGUGCCUGCUGAAAGUCACUGUAGCCAGACUUCUGUCAUCUGGUUUUGGCCGCUCACUCCAGUGUCCCAGGAAUGCUUAUACAUAGCACGUUCUACAAAAGUCCGAAGGCAUCUGAAGCUCAUUCUUCUGGGCUGGAGGCACUGUGGUGCAGAAAAUCAGAGAUCUGGGCAAUAUAUCAAGAAAAAGACCGCUUCCCUCAAUCACUGCUCCUCCCACAGGAUAGCUGUGUGAGCAGGACCUUACCUUAGUGCACCCCUGGCCUUCCCUAUAUUGCUGCUGUCCCAAGAGAAGUUGGCAAGCAAGAUACGCCAAGGUGGAGCAAUAUCAGAGGCUUGGGUUCACUCCAGUGGGAAAGCCCCCCUCCUCUGCAUUCCCCAGAGACCCUCUGGCUACCGCUCCCAUUCCCAGUCCAAGUUCUGUGGAUCCAGUCAGCUUGUUCUGAGCCAGUGUACCCAGAGAAGCUAGGGAAAUUUUAGGGCUGCUGAUGUAGUGUUUACUGAGCAAGUGUGAACUUGAAUUCACUGCAGGUCUUUGGCUGUCUCACAUCCUGUACUUAAUCUUCUGGGGAACAGCAAGCAGCUCAAGUGGGUUAGGGGGAAACUGCUUUCCCAGAAUAUAUGACAGAAAAUUACUAUCAGAUUUCAUUUCUUCCUGUUUCCUGAGGUCACCUAACAGAAGAAUCCAAUGGUGGUAAGGUCUAUGUAUAGACAAGUUGGAAAGGGAAUUAUGUGGCUGGCUUCCCUCUACCUUCCUCCAAGACUUUCACUGUAUUCUUAUAUUAUCAGCGUGACUUUGGAAAUGUCCCACAUCCGCCCCAUCUCCAGGCUUGUGGUACUACCUGUAUCCCACAGAUCCCCAUCCAGGGAAAAGUAGGUUGCUCCAUGGGGUCUCCUUUCUUAGCUGGUCUCAAGUCCCUCUGAGAAUAGGUCUUCCCUUCCCAGUUCUCCCUUCUCCCCCAAAAGAAAUAACCAUUCUCCACAUGUAACUUAUUCUAAGUAAGCAGAUAUGGGGAAGUAAGUUGGGAUAGGAGCCCAGGGCGAGCCAACCCGGCCACACAGCCCUGGCACAUUCAGCCUAAAUUUUGGCCAUAGAACAGAAAGAAUGUGGCUUUUUUAAUUAUGUGCAUUUUGCUUAAGUUUACUUGUAUUUCCAAUUCUUAGUAAUUUGAAAAACCUGCCAAAGAUCAGAAUGCUCCAUUUUAUUUCUUACCAUUUGGACAGCACUUAAGUAGUUCAUAAAAUGCAGCAUCCUUAUGCAGUGAGUUUCCUCUGGGCCCUUGGAGACACUUCUCUCCCUAUUUUUGCCCUCUUCACUUCUUCACCUCUUCUGUUCCAAAGGGUCCAGGGACAGAGGAUGUGAUAUUCUGGCUUCUCCUUCUCUCAUUUGUCUUUGGUUGGCCAUUCUUCUAACCACACUCCUCCUUGGUCCUCCCUGCUCCAUGAGGACCAGGGCUGCCUGUCAGGGCAAUCUAGUUUGAUGCCAAAUGCCCUUUCCCAUCCAGGCCUCAGGCAACAGAUGAGUUUGAAACAAGCCCAGACUGAAUCUACGGGAUCACAGGCUCCCUGGGCCAGCAGUUGAGUUCACAGUCAGGGGCUGUUUGUCACCUGGAACACAAAGGUGGGAUUGUCUACUCAGAGCUGUUGGUGAAAGGAUCCUGAUGGCUGGUUUUCUCUCCUUUCCCCUUUCCGUGAUCCACCACAAUGCACAGAUAGGCAUGUUGAGGUAUGUUCAGUGGAGAAAUCUUCCUGGGCGAGGAGAAAGUGACAGUGCCUCUAUAUUCUGCUUUUUGCCUUCCCCCCAACAAAGCGUUGAUAUCUGGACCCCAGAGCCCAGUAGGGCCCUAUGACAGACAUGCCAGGGUGGUUUGAACAGGUCCCCUGAGUCUAACCGCAGUGCACUGGACGGAGCGGCCAGCAGGAGGGCCGACUCGGCAGCAGGGAUUCCUGCAGGGCUUCUUCCCGCACAACGUUCUAGGUCCGUCCACGCAGGAAAACAGACUGGACAGCAAACGCUGUGUGAGAUCUUAGGGCUUCGACUUUUUUUUUUUUUUUUUUUUUUUUUUUUUUUUUAAGAAAGAAAAAAAAUAAAAUUAACAAGCCUCUUUUGUAAAUGGUUUUCCUUUCUAUGUAUAAAAUCCUGGCAGUUCCUUGUUUUUACCUGUUCAUGCUGUGUAAUUUUGAGAUGUUACUGAGGUUCUGAACAUAAUGUGCAUUUUUUUCUGUACAGAUGAAAUGGGAGAAUUUAAUAAAGAGUUUGCAGGUUUUUACUUGUUAAA